CUUAACGAUGAAGUGAGAAAUAAGACUAGAGAGCUAUAUUUCGCAAAAAGGAAGAGUGAGCUGCUCCAUUCCAUCAAUGAAACCUUGGAAUCAGGUGUCGACAUUUCUGACUGGUCCAGCAUUCAGACCUCAUCUUUCCAUUUUUCGCUGAUGAGAGCUUUGGUCAAAAAUCUUGAAGACAUUCUUCAAACAGUGCCAGAAAGACUGCCGAACAUUCUGAAGAUAGGCUGUGUUACAAAAAGCGCAGAAGUAGCUAUUCAGGAAUCAACGCGUCGGUUGUUUCGUUCCAUACCAGAUCUUGAAUUUAUCACGUGUCAUUUACUAAACAAAAAUAUCAGCGCUUUUUACUCUUGGAUGUCAAAAUCAUCCAGACUGAAGGACGCUUUCCAGAAGAUAGCAAAGGCAAUUGAAGAAGGCGAGAACUGCACACAUUCUGUCACAUGGCUUAUUAAAGUCAUCGACAAUACAGAAGUUUUGUACAACAAAAUUUCCAGUAAUGUGUCAGAAGAAGUUCUGUCUCGAGUGAACAAAUGCCUGGAGAACAUCAACCAGUCUCCUUUGGUAGUAAGCUUGAAAACUCAUUCCAGUCUUUUGAAACAAGCUGCAAAAUUCUUGUCUACUUUGUCUUCGCCUGCGAAGCAGUGGAGGGAUGUGAAAGAACAAAUCAUUCAAGAAAUAUCUCAAAAUUUACCUGCUUUCUUCGAAAUUUCUGAAGUCAUUCAAAAUGUUACUUUAUUAUUGUUCCCAAACCUUGAAACUGACGACGAACGAUUAGUGGAUAUUGUACUGCGGUCUUCCAUGAAUUUUAACUGGCUUCGUUACCACGGAUUUUCAUCAUCUGCUCUGAGAGAGAAGCUUUGUGGUCCCAGAGCUCGCAGUUCCGUCAGAAGUGUAUUUCGUUACCCGCCCCGAACUUCGCUCGCCAUUCGAACAGCAACAGAGGAAUUCCUUUGCCGGAAUGGUACCUUAGAAUACAUUAUGGACCACAUCGAUCAAGAAAUAAUGAAAACUAAAAUUCUUAAAGCUCAAGAACAAGAGUUUUUCUCCGGUCGUUGGCUUCAGCACUUAAUAGGUUCAUCAGAUGUCUUAGUUCAUGUUGUAGAACAUCUGGGAGCAUCUCUAAAGGAAAUUCAUAUUUUGAAUAUUUAUGACAUUUUUCAUCUUUUCACAAAACAAGACGUUGUCCAAGGUAUAACCGAGAGUUUCGGCAAGCUGAUUGAAGUGUUAGAUCCUGUCUUCACAGGAAGUGCUUUACUGGACACUCUGGAGCAAGUGAUGGAUGGCUUGAAGUCAUUUGUGUCUUUGGCUCAAGUCGCCAAUUUCAGCUUCACAUAUUCCUUGAAAGACAUCUUUGGAGAAGGUGCUCGAGAUAUUCUGACGAGGAGGUUUCGUAUGGAUCCUCGUUCCGUUUCAUCGCUAAUGGAAUCCGAAGUAGAUCUUAAGCAGGCUAAGAUCGAAAAGAAUUCCAGCUUGGUUACCUUUUGUAGAGACAGUCUUGACCAGAGUAUUCCAUGCGUUCUGUCCUCUUACCGACAAGCUUCUGUUUCAGUUGAAUAUUUACAGGAUUUGGUACUGCAGAGAUUCCUGUUUUCGUUUGGAUCCCUAGGAGUGGAAGGUGUUCUUCGCGAGGCUGAUGUCAAUUCUGUAGAAGCUGAAAGGACACUAGAAGUUCUCUCCAGUGCACCAGAAGUGGUUAAUAAGCUAACUAAUCAUUUGGAAACUGUUACAACGAUGAUGCAUCCUGAAGUGAGAGAACUAUUCCAGAAGUUGGAUGAAGGAACCGACUGGUUGGCAACUCCUGAAGCUUUAUCCAUUGGAGGACAAAUUCUGUGUGGAAAACCACUGACGUCUCUGAGUCGAAAAUUUUCCUUGUUGGCUCCUGAGGAUACUGAGAAUAAAAUCGAAGAGAAGGAAGUGCUAAGACUGCCAACUGAAUUUUGCCGCCAUGGGUACAAAGAAAUUAUGAAGAUGAGGGGAGGUGCCAUCUUGUGGGGCUUUUUGAAACCUCUUUUCAGAGGCAAAAUAUUGUAUUCUCCAAAGAAUUUUCCUCCAGCGAUUACCAUCAUUUCUAAGGUGAAUGAAACUCUGAAAUUGCUCGAAGAUCAGAUGAGAUUCGUUAAAGCUGCAGCGGAGGGUUCCACGGGUUUGCACUAUCUGCAGCGAAAGAAUGAAACGCUGAUUUCAUUACAGAAAUUCCUAGCUUCCAAACCAGUAUCAAAACUUCUAGGAUCUCCCAGUUGGGGAGCUGCACUCUCCUGGCUAGAGGCCCCAAAGUCUACCGGCCGCUCUUUAUUGCAUCUGGUGGAAUUAGUAGGCAACGUGACUCAGUGUAUAAGCCUCAACAGAUUUCUUGGUUUCGAUACAGAGGAGGAACUGGAGGCUGCUGCUGCUACCCUGCACGAUCGGAGAGAAUUCAUAGCGGCGAUUGUGUUUCAGAACGAAAGGGAGUUUAAAUUGAAGAAAAGAUGGACAGACAAGCCAUACAGAAGUGAUAUGCCCAAAGACAUUUUGUACAAGAUCCGUAUGGACAUUGAUAAUGUGCCAACAACCGAAUACAUCAAGUACAGGUGGUGGCGACCGUAUCCUUACGACGACUUUUUUGAAGACCUACGUUAUUUCCGAGGUUUUCUCCAGUUGCAAGACACUGUAGAUACUGCUAUCAUGCAAUUACAGACGAACUCGGAUGGUCCUCAAAAUGUGAAGAAAUAUUUGCAGCAAUUUCCCUAUCCUUGUCACCAGAGGGACAAGUUUGGUACAUUGCUGAAAGGUUCUAUGCCAGCUGUCAUGACUAUUUCUUGGGUGUUCAUCGUGGCUUUGCUGGUGCGUGAAAGGGUGCUCGAUAGAGAGUUGGAAUUAGAUGAGACCCUUCGAGUCAUGGGCUUGAAGGGUAGCGCUAGUUGGUUAGCCUGGUUUGUGACGGGCGUCUGCGUGCUCCUGGUUUCUGUGAUUGGUAUCGUCUUGGUCCUUAAAUGGGGAGGAAUCACGCCAAACUCAGACCCCAUCAUCCUGUUUCUUUUCGUUCUCGAUUUUGCAAUACUUCUGAUAGCCUACUGUCAAUUGAUGAGUGCGUUCUUCACUAGAGCUACAACGGCUGCUUUGAUGUCCGUGCUGUUGUACGUUUUGUCUUUCUUCCCUUUUCUAUUAUUUGUCACCUGGGAGUUAGAUUUCCUGUAUUGGCAGAAGCUAUUAUCUUGCGCACUAGUUUCCACCUCCUUCUGCUUUGGUUGCCUCUAUCUGAACAGGUACGAAGACCAGGGACAAGGUGUGCAGUGGUCCAACUUAUGGCACAGCCCCGUGGCUGAUGAUCGCAUGAAUUUUGGUACCACUCUUAUGGCCAUGGUUCUGUGCUCUCUGGGUUAUUUCUUAAUAUCGUGGUAUUUCACAAGAAUAUGGGCAGGAAGUAAAGAAAGGAAGCCACUGACAUGGUAUUUUUUUAUGAGUGGACAGAAGUAUCCAGAGAAAAAUUCUGCUUAUCAUAGUGAUGGCUUUGAAAGUAAAGGAAAAAACGAAGGGGACAGCAGCAGCCAGAGGGAACAGAAUGUCAAGAAAAUUGUUGGAAUUAGUGUCAAAAACGUGCAUGGUUUGUACACGAAACGAGGCUCUAACGAAUGGAAAGCGCUGUGUGGGCUGAACUUGGACCUCUGCGAAGAUCACAUCACUGCUCUUCUAGGUCACAAUGGUGCUGGGAAGACAACCACUAUAAAGAUUUUAACUGGUCGAAUGAGCCCAACAGCUGGAUCCGUGACGGUAUAUGGAUUGCCUAUCCCUGAGAAAAUUGCGGAAGCGAGAAAGCUCAUAGGAUUCUGCCCACAGAACAAUACUCUGUAUGCCAAGCUGACUGUUCGAGAACAUUUAUACCUCUUUGCUCAGUUGAAAGGACUUCUGGAUAGCGCUAGCAUCGAUGAAGAUGUUGAAAAAAUGCUGCAAAGUCUGAAUUUAGAGGAAAAGCAGCAUCAACCAGCAGAAGUCCUAUCCGGUGGCCAGCGAAGACGACUGUGCGUGGGCAUCGCUUUCAUCGGCGAUUCCAAAGUGAUUAUUCUUGACGAGCCAACCAGCAGUGUGGAUCCCGUUGCUCGCCGCAGCAUAUGGGACCUGAUUCUCAAAUAUAAGAAAGGCCGAACUAUCCUGUUGACGACGCACCAUCUGGAUGAAGCAGAUAUCCUGAGUGAUCGAGUAGCAAUAUUACACAAAGGUCGUGUGUUAUGCUACGGAUCCCCUCUACAGCUGAAAAGUCGUUUUGGCAGCGGUUAUCGUCUCAGCCUGUUGGUAGGUGCCGAGAAAACCGAAAGAGAAGACAGAGACUCUGGACGCGCUUCUUCCAUCACUGAAUUUGAGGAACCUAUUAAUGUGGAUUGCGACGGUGUGAUGGAAUUUAUCCAGUCUUAUGUGCCAGAUGCCACUCUUCUAGAAAAUGACGAGAGCCAUCUAGUGGUAAGCCUUCCUGUUGAGCCAUUGAAUAGGAAACCUCUGUCAGAAUUCUUUGCUCACCUGGAGAAAUGUCUUCACUUAUGGGGAUUUCAAAAUUCUUCCUUGUCCAGUGCAACGUUGGAAGAGGUUUUUCUUACUCUCUGCCGAUUAGAAGACGCAAAGGAAGCUCACAAAUCCGAUUAUGCCUCUGACAUCAGCCCUUUCUUCCUGAAGAACCCAAAUGACAUCCCUUCUUUCAGUUUAAACAAAGAUGAAUGCCACAAAGAUUGUAUCACAUCAUUUUCUGUUGAAAUGUCUGCAAAGGAUAAAUCCUCAGAGAAAGAACAAUUUCUUGAAGGCGCCGCUUUGAAAUUCAGUCAGUUGAAAUCCCUGGUUAAGAAAAGGUACUGGCACACGAAAAGAAACUGGAAGGCCUUGACAUCUAGUAUUCUGAUGCCUUGCCUAUUCAUAGCACUCGCAAUGGCCCUGGCCGUUGGGAAACCUCAGAAGAAGCCUGAUCCCUCCAUUGAAUUAAAGCCUUCCUUGUAUUCAUCGCAUGGACAAAAAGCUGUUUCAUUUUUUGCGUUCGAAGAACAACAACCUCGCCUUGGGACAGUUCUUCUGGAUGCGUUGAAAGUUAAUAUGAGCGCUAAGCAAAUUUGUAAUCAAAAACACGCAGAAUGCCGACUGCAUAGUGAUAUAUAUGAUAGAUCUACAAUGGCUACACCAGGAAGUAGAUGCUUGUGUGAAGCUGAAUGUCCAACGGAUCGACAAGAACCCAGCAGCUCGCUCUUAGCUCCUGAUCAAACCCUCUACAAUGUAUCUGGGCUUGAUGUUCCCAGAUAUCUUCUUAAUAGCUACCUUCAGUUCAAUGAAAGAAGAUAUGGCGGCUGGAGUAUGAAAAAGGAAAGUGAUGAAGUGAUAACGAAAGUAUGGUUCGAAAACAGUGGCUACCAUUCAGCUCCUUCGUAUUUGAAUACUCUUAAUAAUGCCAUACUAAAGAACAGCACUGGAAAAGACUUCAAUAUUCGAACAUGGAGCCAUCCACUUCGACUGAGCGUGGAACAACUCGGCAGAGAAACUUUGCUUCAAAGGCUUGGAGAAGUUGGAAUUGCCUUCGUGUUCCUCAUUGGAUUAUCGCUGGUCCCAUCCACGUUUGCAGUCUACGUCGUCGGAGAGCGAGAAUCGGAGCAAAAGCGUCUACAAAUGGUGACUGGGGCCCUGGGCCCUUUGAUGUACUGGGGCUCAGCUCUGCUGUGGGAUCUCACUAUUGUUUUAGUCACCAGCCUUAUAUCGGCUGCCAUUGUGGGAGCUUUUGCCUUGCCGGCGUUUUACCAGCGAGAAAACUUCAGAGCUGUGUAUGCCCUGAUCUUCCUUUAUGGAUGGGCCACAACGCCUCUGACUUACCUCUGCAGCCGUUUUUUCCACGAGGGCAGUCUAGCUUUCAUGGUUAUUUUCACAAGUCACCUCUUCGUGGGACUCGUUAUAAUGAUGGCGCUCGUUAGCUUGCGUAUGAUCAGCAUAUCGAAGGACAUCGCCGUCACUUUGGAGCUCGUGCAGAAAGUAUCCCUGGCUUUUCCUCAGUACAGUUUGGUAGGAGGCCUGACUGACCUCAACGAGAAUCAGAUCCGGACUGAAAUUUUUGCCCAGUUCGGCCAGGAUGUAUACUUGUCGCCUUUCGGCUGGAACUCUCUAGGACCUAAUUAUGUUUCAUUGUUUAUCCAAGGCUUGUUAUUUUUCCUUCUUACGCUCCUUUUGGAAAUCCUACCUUUAAAGCAUUGGUGUCAAAGGUUAAUAUUUGGUAGCAAAAGGCCAGUAAUGUCUACUGUUACGGAAGAUGAUUCAAAGUUUUUACUACAGAUUCAAAAUAUUUCUCAAGUAUACCCCAGUAAAGCUGGAAACAAAUAUGCUGUUGAUAACUUAAGUCUAAACAUACCAGUGGGUGAAUGUUUUGGCCUGGUUGGAGCAAACGGUGCCGGGAAAACUACAUUAUUUCGUCUUCUGAUCGGAGAAAUUCGUCCCACAUCUGGCAGAAUACUUCGCAUUGGUUCCCAAUCAAAAGCAUAUGAGAAGCACCGCUUCCUUGGUUACUGUCCUCAGAAGGAUGCUCUUGAUCCCCUCCUCACUGCUAGACAGCAUUUAGAAGUUUAUGCUGGUCUAAGAGGCAUACAUCCAUCUCAAACACAAAAGUUGGUUGACCAUAGCCUACAAAGCCUAGAACUAAGCAUCCAUGCUGACUGCCCAGUACGAACACUCAGUGGAGGUACCAAGAGAAAACUCUGCACUGCCAUUGCCACCAUGGGAGAUCCUGAGCUAGUUCUUUUGGAUGAACCUACGUCUGGGAUGGAUCCUGGAACUAGAAGGUUAGUUUGGAGGAGUAUUUCACAAGCUACAGAAGCUGGGCGAUCUGUUAUCCUCACAUCACACAGCAUUGAAGACUGUGAUGUCCUGUGUUCAAGACUAGGCAUUAUGGUUAAUGGAAAAAUAGCCUGUUUAGACAGUCCAGCAAAACUGAAAGCAAGGUUGGGCACUGGCUACAUAAUUUCCUUUAGAAUUCCAGAAGACAGCGAAGAUUUAUCCUCCCUUCUUAACUUCAUACAUAAAGAAAUGCCAACUACACACAUUCAGGUACGAAGCAAACGCAGAGUAGAAAUAACUUUACCUGAUGAAAACUUAUUCUGCCAUUUAUCCAACUUAUUCUGCCAUUUAGAAGAAUGUGCAAAACUUUUUGGAAUUGAAGAUCUAGCAAUUGAUCCCACAACUCUUGAUCAGGUGUUUGUAACUUUUGUAAGACAACAGUCAGAUGCAUCAGAAAGAAAUUUUCACUCUAUAUCUCAGAUAUCUGCACAUGAAAAUGAGCCACAUCUUGAUAUGUGUUGCACAAAGCUAUAAAGGUACAACAUUUAUGAGUUUUGAUAAUCAACUGAAAGAAGCAUUUUGCCCAAGUUUUAUUGGUCAAAAUGAAACUACUGCUUAAGACUCAUACUUUAUAAACUUGAGUGAUUAGGCAAGAAUGUAAAAUUUCUGUGUAUAUUAAGAGCUGCUCAUAAGACAUCAGGACUUAAAUAUGUCGCACUUGUAGCACAGAAAACUUUCUACAUUUCCUGUAUAUAGUAUCAUGUAAAUAAAGACAUUAGAAACAUGUA